GAGAGAGAGAGAGAGAGAGAGGAGAGAGAGGAAAUUGGAGAGGAGAGAGAGAGAGAGAAGCUGGAGAGGAUGAGGGGCGGCGGCGGCGGCGGUGGCGGCGACGGGAUGAUGGACGACGGGCCCAAGUACGCGCAGAUACCGACGAGCUUCGGCCACGAGCUCCGCGCGUGCCUCCGCUGCCGCCUCGUCAAGACCUACGAUCAGUUCAUGGAGCAAGGCUGCGAGAACUGCCCCUUCCUCGACAUGGAAAGGGAUCACGACAACGUCGUCAACUGCACCACCCCCAACUUCACAGGAAUAAUCUCCGUGAUGGAUCCUGGUAGGAGUUGGGCUGCUCGUUGGUUGAGAAUUGGGAAGUUCAUCCCUGGGUGCUAUACGCUGGCUGUCGCGGAGGAGCUUCCGGAGGAGUACCAAAGCGUUUGCCAAGACAACAAUGUGCAAUACUUCCCUCCGAAGCGUGUCUGAACAAGCCAUAUAUAGUCCCUUCAAGAGAACAGCGUGCCUGAACAACCUAUAUUCCCUUCGGAGCGUCACGAUCCUGAAGCAAAUACUAUGCACGUGUUUUUAUCUAGAUACAUUCCUUGCCAAGGGAACUGCUGUUACCUGUUGUGUCCAUGCUUAGAGCAGCUAAUCAGCAAUUGACCGUGCACCUUCUGUACUUGAACAACUCAAGAGCAGUGUUUCAAUCUACUCUAACGCAAUGUGCGCUUCUUAGCUAGGAAUACGUGCGCUUCUAUGCGCAUUCAUAUUACCUGCCAUUUUCGUUCAUGGGCCAUCAGGAUUCAGAUA